AUGCCCAUUCCAUGGAACCAAAGCCAAAGAAGCCGAAGCUUUGCCGCUGGUUUCGGAGGGACAGGGGCUGCUGCUUUGGGAAAGCCUGCACCGGCAUUCACUCCUGGCAGUGUCUUUCGAAGAAGGACCGCUGCCUCUUAUGCGGAAGCAAAGAACAUCGAGCCCAGAGCUUUUCUGCGCGAAGCACUGGACGUGCGGCCGGACACGAACAAUUGUUCGGUCAAUGACGUGGCCCCGGUGUUUGGUCCGCCUUCCGUGGCCGAUACGUGGGCCAACAACUGUGUCCGACAGAAGCUCCGGGAGCUCCAUCCCGACGCCUCCUGGGUCCUGGACCACUGCAAGAUCAGAAUUCUGCUCCUCCCUCCCGACGGGACCGAAGUCGUGACGGCAAUCCCUGCGGAUGACCCUAUGGGCUCUACCAAAGAGGAGGUAAAGAGUGAGGAAGCCCCCCUCAAGGGGCUUACCGAGGACGAAGGCGACCCGGCAGAAAGCCGCCCUGAGCGGAAGAAGAUCGUCCUCGCGACCGGGCAGCUCACCCUCCUGCGUGCGCUCGCGGCAGCGAAUGCCUCAAAUUGGACGAGCGUGAAGCAGGCUCUCCGCGAGGCACACGGCACCGGAGCGGUCUGGGGCAUCGGCGCCGAGUCCCUCGAAAAAGCCAUGCAGAUGGACAUUCCCAUGGGACACUUCGUUCUCUUUGCGAUCGGCAAGGUUUUUCGUGACGGCAAGAUGUUGGAUGAUGCCGUCGAGUUGGACUCUGCGAUGGAUCUCCAGGUUCUGACAAUGCCGCCGCAGUUCUCAGAUGCUAGCGAUGUGCAGCUGGAAAGGCUGUAUGAUGCGGCCAAGGACGGCCUCGUGGAAGAGGUUGAGGAUCUGCUGCAGGAGCGACUGCACCCGGAUGCAGGCUAUGAUAAGUGGAAUUGGGAAGGUCCGUGCACGCCACUGAUGCUCGCCUCGUCGCUGGGACGACUGCAAGUUGUACAGUUACUCCUGGAGGCCGGUGCUCAGGUGGAGUUGGAUGACAGCUCUCGCUUCACAGCGCUCAUGCAUGCGGCAUACAACGGCCAUGCUCAAGUGGUUCAACUGCUCCUGGAAUCUGGCUCUCACUUGGAGGACUGCGAUUAUGAGGACAGCACUGCCCUGAUGUUUGCAGCCGGCUUCGGACAUGCUGAAGUCGUGAAGGUGCUCCUCGAUGCCGGCGCUCGAAAGGACGCGUGCGACAUCGUUUCUGGCCAUACAGCCUUGAUGAGAGCUUCAAUCAACGGGCAUGCUGAAGUCACUGAAUUGCUUCUGGAGGCCAAAGCUCAGGUGAACUUGUGCGACAAGGAGCUCGGAACGCCGCUUUCUUUUGCAGCCAAUGAGGGUCAUGCUCAAGUCGUUCAGUUGCUCCUGGCAGCCGGCGCGAACCCGAACUUGAGCGACAGCUACAACUUUACAUCCUUGAUGCAGGCGGCAAGCCACGAUCAUGCUCCAAUCGUGCGCUUGCUGCUGGAAGCUGGAGCCGACGUGGACGCACGUGAUUAUUUGGGCAGUACAGCCUUGAUGGGUGCAGCGAGUUCCGGUCAUGCUCAAGUCGUGCAGUUGCUCCUGGAUGCCGGAGCUCAGAAGGACUUGCAUGACGGUGACGGCCGUACGGCUUUGAUGCUGGCAACAGAUGCAGGACACGAUGCAGUCCGCCGAUUGCUGGGGCCCAGCGCUGAUAGUGCAAGUUGA